GAUAGUCUUCCACGUCGAGGCGUAUUUCUUUCUUUCUUUUCUUUUUUUUGCGCUGAUAGCCUUUUCAUUAAUGUUUACACCCAUUCAGCGCCGCUUGAUGAGAUAUAUCGCCGCCGACCCGAUCGCUUUCACAUAUACUGUUUUUUUUGCGCCCUUCAAAUCUCUUUUUAGACUGCUAACGCGUCUGGCCACCGCCAAUGCCCUCUCGGAUCUGAUAUGCUCCUGCUCAUCAACACUCUGGCUUUGAUCUCUUCCGUUUACCCUUGUCCAUAAUUCGUUCCAGAUCCUCCUUGGUGUCCUCAUUGCUUGCCGCCGGGUCGGCAGUUACGGAAUUACCGGAUAGAGCUGUGGAUCUUCAAAAGACCCCAAAGGAUGACUGUCCUGGUUUUUGACAAGUGGAGUUCUGGC